UCGGGGCUGUAGAUCCCCGUGCCGCGCGCGGCGGUCCUGCCGCUCCCUCGAGCUCGCGGCCGAGCCUGACCUCUGCCCCGGAAGCGCUCGUCCGCAUGUCUUCUCGCAAGGGCCGCCGGCAGCCCUCCCGCGGCGGGGACAGUCUCCCGGGCUCGCCCGCUGGCGCCUGCAGCACCGUCCGCGGGGCCGCGCUGCUGACGGUCACCGGCGCUCAGGACAAGGAUGUCCGCGUCCCCAAACGGCUGCAGAGCUCCCUGGUGCAGCUGGCACUGGGCACCCUGAAGGCCGCAGGCCUGUGCAUUGGCCGCCCAGUGCUGCUUACUGGGCCUGGCGGCCAGCAAGAGGUCGCCAUAGCCUGGCCACUAGCUUCAUUUCCCAGCGGGAAGGUGGGCUUGAGUGAAACCGCCCAGAGGAAUGUGGGCGUGAAGGUGGGCGGCACCGUUCUGGUGCAGCCACUUCUGGGCGCCCUGGUGCCAGCUGAGGAGGUGGACCUGGUCCUCAGAGAUGUGGACGCAGACCUGGAUGAGGAGCCGCUGGCCGAGUGUCUGCGGAGGAAGCUCGACCGCAGGGUCAUCUUGCCGGGCAACUUCCUGUACUUCACUUUCUAUAUCCGGCCUCUGGAGCUUCAUGUGUUGGGGGUCAAAGGGGCUGAUGGUGGUGUCCUAGGAGUGCGCCAGAGUCCCAGGGACAAGGAAACGGAGGGCUCUGCCUCUGAGCCCCCCAGUACAGACAUCAGCGCCACAGACCUACCCCUUCAGCUCAGCCAGCUGGAGCUGGGCUCACCCAGUCCGCCAGUGGCCAUCAGCUCCCCCUGCACGCCCGAGCCAAGGCACAAUGGCUCACCAAAUGUGGCCCAGAACCCUGCAGAAGGCAGCUUGGACUUGGACAUGAGGGCUGCUGAGGACUGGGAGGGGUGGUUGAGCUCGGCUGUGGACCUGGGAGCCAAGCGGAACACAGACAUCUUUUACUUCAUCUCCUCGACAACCCGCAUCCACUUCAGCCGUGGCUGUGUGGAGUCCCAUGAGCAGGACCUGCCCAGGGUGACCUACGACAUGAUCGGCGGCCUGGGCCCGCAGCUGGCGGCCCUGCGGAGGCUCAUCGAGCUACCACUCACACAGCCAGAGCUGUUUCAGCGACUUGGGGUCCCUCCCCCUAGAGGAGUGCUGCUAUACGGCCCCCCAGGGACUGGGAAGACCAUGAUCGCCAGGGCUGUGGCCAGUGAGACCAGCGCGUCUGUCUUUGUCAUCAACGGCCCUGAGAUUCUAAGCAAGUUCUAUGGAGAGACGGAAGCAAGCCUGCGUCGGAUCUUCGCAGAAGCCUCUCGUAGGCGCCCAUCCAUCAUCUUCAUCGAUGAGCUGGAUGCCUUGUGCCCACAGAGGGCAGGGGCUCAGAGCGAUGUGGACAAGCGGGUGGUGGCUUCACUUCUUACGCUCAUGGACGGCAUUGGCUCUGAAGGAAGUGAAGGGCAGGUGUUGGUUCUGGGGGCCACCAACCGCCCCGAGGCACUGGACGCAGCACUACGCAGGCCUGGGCGCUUUGACCAGGAGCUGGAGAUCGGUGUGCCCAGUGCUGAAGGCCGACUAGACAUCCUGAGGAGGCUGCUCCGUGCUGUCCCCCAUAAGCUCAGCGACACCGACCUGCAGCAGCUGGCCAGCAGCACCCAUGGCUAUGUGGGUGCCGACCUCAGGGCCCUCUGCCAUGAGGCAGGUCUGUGUGCCUUGCUUCGGGCCCUGGGGAAGCGGCCGAACGUGUCCGACAGUAAGCUGGCAGCAUCAGUGACCGUCACCCUACAGGACUUCCUACAGGCCAUGAAUGAGGUCAGGCCCAGUGCCAUGAGAGAGGUGGCCGUGGACGUUCCCAAUGUGUCCUGGUCAGAUAUCGGAGGCCUGGAAGAGAUCAAGCUGAAGCUGAGACAGGCUGUGGAGUGGCCCCAGAAACACCCCGAGUCCUUCAUUCGCAUGGGCAUCCGGCCCCCAAAAGGGGUCCUCCUGUAUGGGCCACCUGGCUGCUCGAAGACCAUGAUAGCAAAGGCACUGGCCAACGAGAGUGGACUCAACUUCCUUGCUGUGAAGGGGCCCGAGCUAAUGAAUAAAUAUGUCGGGGAGUCAGAGCGAGCUGUGCGAGAGAUAUUCCGGAAAGCCCGUGCUGUGGCCCCGUCCAUCAUCUUCUUUGACGAGCUCGACGCCCUGGCUGUUGAAAGGGGCAGAUCCUCAGGUGCAGGAGACGUGGCAGACCGGGUUCUGGCCCAGCUCCUGACAGAGAUGGAUGGUGUGGAGCAGCUGAGGGACGUGACUGUUGUGGCAGCCACGAAUCGGCCAGACCGGAUAGACCAGGCACUGCUCCGGCCCGGCCGCAUUGACAGUGCCAUCUACGUGCCGCUGCCAGAUGCAGCCACUCGGCGGGAGAUUCUGCAUCUGCGUCUGCGCAACAUGCCAGUGGCUGACGAUGUGGACCUGCAGGAACUUGUGUCCCGGACAGAGGCUUAUUCAGGGGCAGAGAUAGUGGCCGUGUGCCAGGAGGCAGGUCUGCGGGCUCUGGAGGAGGACUUGGGCGCCUCCCACAUCCUCUGCAGACACUUUAACCAGGCCCUGGACGCACUGCCGCCACGCACCUCUGCCACAGCCCAGCGCUUCUAUGAGGACUACCGUGCACAGAGUGGGCUGCACGCACCAUGAGGCCACCGCUUAUGGGAUCUGGGCCUGAGUAGAACAGAUUGAUCUUAGCGUGU